CUCUGGAGCUGUGCAAAGCAGUGUUCCAUCCUCCAGAGGGACACSACUGGGCUUUGGUAAGGCUGAUCCGGGUCCAGAUCCUCCUUCCCUGCCACCAGCCUUGAUCCCUGACAUCCAAAGGGCCUGGUCACCACCUGUGCUUGGCAGUGGUGUCGUGCUGCAGGGGUCAAUCUCCACGGCCAUUGCCGAACAUAGCCCUCCUUAUCUCGCUGCCUUCUAAGCUAACUUGGACAGCUGGCACAGACCCCAGAUAAGGUACAAUUGCUGCCAGGAAGUAAAUCAUGUCUGUUGCCCUGCACUGCUCUGCUGGCCCAACCUCCGGUGGGGGUGGGAGUGAGAAGAGCUGCUACUGCUUCGCUUGCCUUGUUUUCCUCUCACAGAGCUUCCUGCCUCUCCCAGCUCACCCCUUGUAUUUUCUUUCCAUGACUCCUGUCUUCAUUGUUCCUUUGGGAGCAAGCCCUGGGAGCUCUGUGKGUAAUUUUGCAUCAGGGUGCCAGCUUAGAGGGUGGAAGAGGGGGCAGCUCUGCCCCCCCUGGGCUGCCUGCACUCUCCCUCCUUGUGUGUGGCUUUCCAGUACUGUUUUUUGGGCUGGGCAGGGAUUGGCUCCGACACUUGUUUUGGGUCACAGAGUGACUCUUGAUCCCUGAUACCAUUUGCCAGUGYGGGCAUGGCCUAGGCAGUGCCAGGCUCAGCCUUGUGCUCCUGCCCCAGCACAUCCCACCUCCAUCCUCUCUCCAAUGGGAAGAAGGUGGCUUCCAUGUCUCCCUGACCCCAUGUGUCAGCAGCAUGUUGCAGGGCAGCCACAGCCCCAUCCACCUGUGGACAGCAUGGAGGAGCAGGGUCUGCCUCUUAGUGCCAYGGUCCCUGCCUCAGCGGGCUGGGACAGGGCUGGCUAACUCCCUGUUUGUCCCCGAACCGCAGGUCGGAGUGCCAGACGAGAGGGGCUGUGUGUCUCUGCUCCCUGCCCAGGGCCUGCCCUGCCCUCCGCCAGCGAUGGAGUAUGUGGAUAUGAACAAGCUGAGCUGUGGGAAGAAGACGCGGGUGGAAGGUGGCCAGCUGGGGGGUGAUGAAUGGACCCGCCAUGGCAGCUUUGUCAAUAAGCCAACCCGUGGCUGGCUGCAUCCCGAUGACAAGGUCAUGGGCUCCGGGGUCUCCUACCACGUCCGGUACAUGGGCUGUGUGGAAGUGCUCCAGUCCAUGAGAGCUCUGGAUUUCAACACCAGGACACAGGUGACCAGGGAGGCCAUUGGACUGGUGUGUGAGGCUGUKCCUGGUGCCAAGGGAGCUGUGAGGAGAAGGAAGCCCUGCAGCCGCUCUCUGAACUCCAUCUUGGGCAAGAGCAACCUGAAGUUUGCAGGCAUGCCCAUCACCCUGACCAUCUCCACUAGCAGCCUCAACCUCAUGGCCUCAGACUGCAAGCAGAUCAUCGCCAACCACCACAUGCAGUCCAUAUCCUUCGCAUCGGGGGGAGACCCGGACACAGCCGAAUAUGUUGCCUAUGUUGCCAAAGACCCCGUCAAUCAGAGAGCCUGCCAUAUCCUGGAGUGUCCUGAAGGCUUGGCACAGGAUGUGAUCAGCACCAUCGGGCAGGCCUUCGAGCUGCGCUUCAAGCAGUACCUGAAGAACCCCCCAAAGCUGGUGACCCCCCAYGACAGGAUGUCAGGGUUUGAUGGCUCUGCCUGGGAUGAAGAAGAGGARGAACCAGCCCCAGAUCACCAGUACUACAAUGACUUCCCCGGCAAGGAGCCUCCCAUCGGGGGUGUCGUGGACAUGCGGCUGCAGGAUGGGGCUGCUCAGACACCCAAUCACUUGGGUGCCACUCUGCCUGUUGGCCAAUCCUCCAGUGGGGACUAUGACCCCCAGAAGCAGCACACUCCUGCCCAAGCAGGGAGAGAGAAAUACCCAGCUCCAGCAGGCACGUCGGGCCGCACGGACCUGUUUGAUGACCCGUCUUACGUCAACGUGCAGAAUGUAGACAAGACACGCCAAGCUUUGGCUGCCAGCACCCCAGCCACGGCCAACGGCAGCGCACAGAGGGACCUUUUUGAUAUGAAGCCUUUUGAAGACGCCCUGCGUGUGCCCCCAUCUGUGCCCGGGGGGCUGCCCCCUGCCCAGGUAGUGGCCUCCAUGGAGGAGCAGCUGAAACGGGAGCCCUGGUACCAUGGCAAGAUGAACCGCAAGGAGGCUGAGAAGCUGCUGAAGGUGAACGGAGACUUUCUGGUGCGGGARAGCACCACCACCCCAGGCCAGUACGUGCUGACUGGCUUGCAGGGUGGGCAGCCCAAGCAUUUGCUGCUCGUCGAUCCUGAGGGAGUGGUGCGGACAAAAGAUCACCGCUUUGAGAGCGUCAGCCACCUCAUCAGCUACCACAUGGACAAUCACCUGCCCAUCAUCUCGGCCGGCAGYGAGAUGUGCCUGCAGCAGCCAGUGGAGAGGAGACUGUGAGCGCCCGGGGGUCCCAGUGCGCAGCACCCCCGAUGUGCAGCCCCCUGGCUGUGUUCCAUGCCCCAGGGAACCCUCAGACUCUUCUAGGUGCUCUGCCCGGGACUGAGCAUGGACUUGGCUGAGGACAGGGCCUCUCUCCUUUCACCACGUGGAGCUGGUGACCAUGGGGGGCUCAGGCUGUGAGUGCCUGCAGGGUGGGGGACUGUUACUGCAAAGCCCCUGCCCCUCCAGCUCUAGCCUUUGCAAAGCAGCUCAGCUCCUACCAAAACUUAGCCCUGCUGUUGUGCCACAGCCUUUCUCGUGCUCACCAGCACAGGAUCAGGGCAGGGCUGAGCCCUGYCUGAGCCAGAGGCAGCCUGACCAUAUCUCUGGCCCCUGGGCCAAGGAGGGGGCCCAUGGGGGGGCUCCGCUCCCCUGAGCACGAGGCCCUCGACUGUACCRGAUCACUUUAUAUGUUAAUUCUGUGCCUUGACCCCGCAGGUCCCACACUCUUAUGCAAGGGCAGGGGCUGGGGACAGAGUCUCCCCCGUGUUCCCAGCACUCUGUACCCCAUCCGUGACAUGCUUGUGCUCCAGGACAUGUGCCACCACGUCCCCUUCCCGCUGUCCACCCCGGCUGGGCACGGACAGCUCUGGCGGCCCCGGAGGGGUGGCGGAGGACCCCCCCUGCAUGCACAGUGUAACUCCCCGCAAGCCAAAGCGCAGCCCCGGGCCCCUGGCCCCGCUAUACCAAAGGAACUGGCGGUUGUAUUAAAGUUGGUAUUUCUCUAG